AAAACCAUACAUACCCAUAUUUUAAGGGUAACCAUUUUUAAUCAUAGAAGUCAUUAGUAAUUAAAACAGAAUUAAAAAUAUUUUUUGUCACUACAAAGUAGAGGAUAACACCUUGAUGGACAUUAGUUUUGUUCCUUUGGGAGUUUGCUCAGCAGAUUGUAACUUCUGAAAACUUCGCCAUUUCUCUAGAAGGAAACAAGAAUCACUUGAAGUUGUGAAAGGAAAUAGUCUUAUUUCCUUCAGCUUUGCUAUGACUGAUAGUUUGUAGAAUGUGCUAUUUCAUUUUAUCUUCAGUCUAUAAAUUUUUAAAUAGAUUUUCUUCCUAAUCCAUAAAUAUAGUAAUUAUUAAUUCAUACAAUAUCAUGUAUGAAUAAGAUGCAUUGCUCCUAUGUCUUGAUCUAAAAGGCGAGGUAUAUAUUUAGUUAUCAUUAGGUAUACAGGUUGAGGAGAGAAUGCACCCCAAAUGUGAGAAAAGUGGCAGUCAUAUUUUGAGUAAUUUUUGACCAACUAUUUAUUUCAGUUUCAACAAUAUAGAUAAACAACAGGAGUGAUUAAAUCGAUUAGUACAGUGGGAUAAGAGUCUUUCCUUUCAAUGUAUGAUAGGAAGUUAUGUUUUGUGUGUGUUUUGGGGGGGUUGUUUGUUUGUCUGUUUUUUUGGUAACUGUGCUACUAGGAAAUUUUUCCUGAAAUUGAUUCUAAGUAUCAUCAAAGUUUUACCCAUUUUAAGUUUUGCUGUAACUGGACAUAGAGAAAAAACAUUUUUCAUUACUGUGUAAUAUCUUUCCAGGGUUUCCUAUAAAAAGCUGGGUUUCACCUUGAAUAAGGCUUCAUUCCUAUCUCUACUCUCAGAGAAGAGAGUUCUAGCGACCCAGCAUCCUUGGAUGUUGGUAAUUGAAUAUUUUAUAUUACUUGAUCUUUCAGCCUAAACUCAACAAAGUUGACUACUCUUUCUUUAUGUACCUUCUUCUCAUGGCUGACCACGGUCUCCUAGUUCUCCUCCUAGCUAAGUGGUAUAUCCUUCUCAUUCUCCUUUGCUGGUUCUUCUGUGUGAAGUCUAAAUGUUAGAGUGUCUCCUAGGCCUUGGUCCUUUUUAACCUACACCCUUCCCUAAGUGAUGUCAUCCAGCCCCAUGGUGUCUUUAAAUACCAUUUUAGGGGGGAAGCUGAUGGUUCUCAAGUCUUUUUCUCUGGUGACCAUGCCCUCUAAAACACCAGGUUCCUGUGUCUAACUGCCUACUGGACAUCUUUACUUAGAUGUCCAUGACACCUACAAAUUGAAGAGGCCAAAUGCAUAACUUUUAAUUUUGUCCUCCAUACUUGAACCUCUCCCAGUCCUCCCCUUAAGAGUAUGUAUAACUCCUAAUUACUUGGUUGCUGAAACCAAAACCCUCUAAGCCGAGCUUGGUGAUUCUCUUUCCCUCAGUUUGAGCUGCAGCUCAUCCCUCAGGACAACAGCUAUUCUUCUGGCAAAGCAUGUGAGGUAGUUCUUGUCAUUCAUGGAUUUGAAGAAGCCUUUCCUGACAAGAUGAACCAAUGUUAACACCCAGUCAUCUCCUGUUCUAUCAUACAGUAUAAUUCUCUGAAUAUCCUUACCUGAUUUUUUUCUUUUUGGUUAUUAAUAGAAUUUUUAUCUCCUGGAACUCUGUGAGUCAUUUGGUAAAAUAGUUGUUGAGUGAAUGUUUGCUUGUUUGUUCAUUCAUUCAUAACUAUAAACACUGUUGAGGACCUUCCACGUUCUAGCUACUGUGCUAAGGAGAUAAAGAUGAUUAAGAUGCAGUUGUUGCCUUCAAGAGUUUCACAGUUUAGUGGUGGAGGGAGACACUCAAAUAAACAAUUACAGUACCGUGUGAAGAAUGCAAACAGCGAAAGCCUGUCCAAAGUACAGGAGCAGCUUAGACUAGGAUGUGGUUAAUUAUCAAGGGAAGUGGAGAACCGGAGGGAUCCCAGUGGAGGAAUGAUUUACUUGGGUUUUAAAAGCUGAAUGUGAUUUUGCAAGUAAACAGUGGGAGAAGAAUAGGGAUUUCCAGACGCAGAUCCUGGCACAUACCAAGUCGCAGUGGUAUGCAGCCCGUGGGAAUGUCUGCAGCAUGUGUUCCUGCUGAAGCAGGCAGUGUGCAUGGAGAAUGGAGGGAGCCAGGUUAGAAAGGCCGGCCGUGGGCAAGAAGGGCCUGGUGUUUUCUGCUGGGAAGCUCACCUUUCAGCCUAUGGGCUUGAAGAUGCAGUGGACGCCAGAGCAUGCCCAGUGGCCAGAACAGCACUUUGACAUCACCUCAACCACGCGGUCCCCUGCCCACAAGGUUGAAGCCUACAGAGGUCAUCUGCAGCGCACCUAUCAGUAUGCCUGGGCGAAUGAUGACAUAUCUGCUCUGACUGCAUCCAACUUACUAAAAAAAUAUGCAGAGAAGUAUUCUGGCAUUUUGGAAGGCCCUGUGGACCGACCUGUGCUCAGCAACUACUCAGAUGCACCAUCGGGACUAGUGAAUGGUCGGAAAAAUGAAAGUGAACCCUGGCAGCCUUCCUUGAAUUCAGAAGCUGUUUAUCCCAUGAACUGUGUUCCAGAUGUCAUCACUGCCAGCAAAGCUGGAGUUAGUUCAGCCCUCCCUCCAGCAGAUGUCUCUGCAAGUAUAGGGAGCUCUCCUGGGGUGGCCAGCAACCUGACAGAACCUAGUUAUUCCAGUAGUACCUGUGGAAGCCACACUGUACCUAGUCUUCAUGCAGGGCUCCCAUCUCAGGAAUAUGCCCCAGGAUACAACGGAUCAUAUUUGCAUUCUACGUACAGUAGCCAAGCAGCACCUGCACUUCCCUCGCCUCAUCCAUCUCCUCUGCAUAGCUCUGGGCUCCUACAGCCACCACCACCACCUCCUCCGCCACCAGCCCUGGUCCCAGGCUACAAUGGGACUUCUAACCUCUCCAGUUAUAGCUAUCCCUCUGCGAGCUAUCCUCCUCAGACUGCUGUGGGGUCCGGGUACAGCCCUGGGGGUGCACCUCCUCCUCCUUCAGCGUACCUGCCUUCAGGAAUCCCUGCUCCUACCCCUCUGCCCCCAACCACAGUUCCUGGCUACACCUACCAAGGUCAUGGUCUGACACCUAUCGCACCCUCAGCCCUGACAAACAGUUCAGCAAGCUCUCUCAAAAGAAAAGCUUUCUAUAUGGCAGGGCAAGGGGAUAUGGACUCCAGUUAUGGAAAUUACAGCUAUGGCCAACAGAGAUCUACACAGAGUCCUAUGUACAGAAUGCCCGACAACAGCAUUUCAAACUCAAAUCGGGGGAAUGGCUUUGACAGAAGUGCUGAAACAUCAUCCUUAGCAUUUAAGCCAACAAAGCAGCUAAUGUCCUCUGAACAGCAAAGGAAAUUCAGCAGCCAGUCCAGCAGGGCUCUGACCCCUCCUUCCUACAGUACUGCUAAAAAUUCGCUGGGAUCAAGAUCCAAUGAAUCCUUCGGGAAGUACACGUCGCCAGUAAUGAGUGAGCAUGGGGACGAGCACAGGCAACUCCUCUCUCACCCAAUGCAAGGCCCUGGGCUCCGUGCAGCUACCUCAUCCAACCACUCUGUGGACGAGCAACUGAAGAAUACUGACACACACCUCAUUGACCUGGUAACCAAUGAGAUCAUCACCCAAGGACCACCGGUGGACUGGAAUGACAUUGCUGGCCUUGACCUAGUGAAGGCUGUCAUUAAGGAAGAGGUUCUAUGGCCAGUGUUGAGGUCAGAUGCAUUCAGUGGACUGACGGCCUUACCACGGAGCAUCCUUUUAUUUGGACCUCGAGGAACAGGCAAAACCUUAUUAGGCAGGUGCAUAGCUAGUCAGCUGGGGGCUACAUUUUUCAAAAUAGCUGGUUCUGGCCUAGUUGCCAAGUGGCUAGGAGAAGCAGAGAAAAUUAUCCAUGCCUCUUUCCUUGUGGCCAGAUGUCGCCAGCCCUCGGUAAUUUUUGUCAGUGACAUUGACAUGCUUCUCUCCUCUCAAGUGAGUGAGGAACACAGUCCAGUCAGUCGGAUGAGAACCGAAUUUCUGAUGCAGCUGGACACUGUGCUAACAUCGGCUGAGGACCAAAUCGUAGUAAUCUGUGCCACCAGUAAACCAGAAGAAAUAGAUGAGUCUCUUCGGAGGUACUUCAUGAAACGACUUUUAAUCCCACUUCCUGACAGCACAGCGAGGCACCAGAUAAUAGUACAACUGCUCUCACAGCACAAUUACUGUCUCAAUGACAAGGAGUUUGCACUGCUUGUCCAGCGCACAGAAGGCUUUUCUGGACUAGAUGUGGCUCAUUUGUGUCAGGAAGCAGCGGUGGGGCCCCUCCAUGCCAUGCCAGCCACAGACCUCUCAGCCAUUAUGCCCGGCCAGUUGAGGCCCAUUACAUAUCAAGACUUUGAAAAUGCUUUCUGCAAGAUUCAGCCUAGCAUAUCUCAAAAAGAGCUUGAUAUGUAUGUUGAAUGGAACAAAAUGUUUGGUUGCAGUCAGUGAUAACUUCUGUUAAAAAAAAGUGUAAUGAAUGUUGGCACACGCACAUAAAACCUGCUACAUAGGGUAUAGAGCCCCUUUCCAGUAGUGUUUAAAUUGCAAAGGGUACUGGGGAAGACGAUGAUUAAGUUGCAUCUUUAGAGUCAGGGUAGAUUUGGAGGAAAAAUGCAUCAAAUGAGAGCUUCUAAUAUGAAAGCCCCAGAUGACAGAAAGCAUCUGUUGAUGCUUAGUUCGGUUCAAGCUAGACAACACUCACCAAGGAGCAAGGUGCAAGUGUGUUGACUUCAGAAGGACAUGAACCUCGUGUGUUGAUUCCAUUCUGCUGUUCUCGAGAUUUAGUUGCUGUCAAGUGCCUGGAGUGGUGCUUUAUUUUUUGUUUGCCUCACAAUUACAUUGGUGGCAUGUGCUAAUAUAAAGAGCUUUAACUUCAAACAUUAUUGGACUAAAGAGAUGAACAGUUGUGUUAUGACAGAAAACCAGAUUUUUGCCAUUUUAAGAGCAACAGUAUUCCUCAAUCCUGUCUGUUCUGCAGUAUUAAGCUAAGAACAGGUAAAACAGGGUAACGGUAAUCUGGACCUUAAUUUCUGCAGUUCAUUUCUUUUAAUGUUCUUGUCUGCAAAAACUCAGGAAAGCGAUUGUGAUUUGUACAGUACCUCAAAGGAAUGUGUUGAAAGCACUAUGUACUGCUGAGAGUAAUGGGAUAGGCUUCAAUGUUACUUUAUAUUAAAAUGUAUGUUUACCUCAACAAUUGGAAAAUAGCAAGGAAAAUUACUUUGAAUGUAUCCAGAAAAAAUAAUUAAGUGUGAUACAACUGAAUAUUUACAAUUUAAAGUAGAAAUGGAAGGAUUUUUUUUUUAAGUUUCUUUUACUAAUUAUGGGGAAUUAACCAGAGCAGAGUAAUUCUUUAUGUCAAUAACUGCAAGAAUUCUUCGUACAUUGCUCCUUGGUAGUGAAGUGAAAAUGUUUUUAAAAGGUACACUGGUUAAUGGAAAGCUACUUCUUCAGUUUGUGUUAGUAUCUAGGACAGUCAGCUGCAAAACCUGUUUAGGACUCUGAAAGGCACAGUGCCCCCAAACUGGGACUGCGUUGUACCGCGUAGUUGGUGGUGGUCGUGGCGGUGGUGGUCUGCAAGUUCUCGCUGAAAACUGCUGGGAAUGGUGUCAUUCUAUUCACUAAUCUAGCUUGUACGCUUGCCAUGCUGUUUGAUAGAGUGCAGAAGACAGCAACCCAAGCAAACAAACAAAUCGUAAAUAAAUACAAAAGGCAAACAACCAACUUAUAUAUAUCCACAAAGAACUCCCACAUCCCCUCUCCUUCUUUUUGACUCCUCUCUUGUCAGUGCAAUUUUGCUUCUCAUUUUAAACUCUUCUGGGCUGCAGUGCUCCCACAUUCAUUUCUACCUCAGUUUUGCUACAUUUCUCCUGGAAAGUAAAGUAGAAAAUCGGAAGUGGACACAAACACACAUGCACACACAGCAUGUCUUGCCAAACACGUCACUUGGUUUUCUUCCACCUUUUCCCAUAAAUCUAGUUUCUAAAUACACCAGUCUUCCUGCUUACGUCUCCCUGAUUCUACCUCCCACCCCAAGAGCAUAUGUGGCAUUUUUCUGAAUUUCUUAUUCUUCUCCUCCCCACCAAGUUGUCCUUUGUAUCCUUGAAUGCUUUUAUGUGCAACUUUUCGAUAGCUGACUGGUGCUCAGCAAUGCCUCUAAACAGACAGUGUAGGCUGUAGCUUUCCAAAGCCACUGCCCAUGCAUAAGCAGAACAGCCUGGCUUUUUUAAUGUAUUUUUCCUAUUUUUUUCCUUUUUCUCUCUCUCUCUUUUUUUUUUUUUUUUGGUUCAAGAGAUGCAGUAACAAAACUGUUGCAAAGCACUGGCAUUUUAUGUAUUCAGAAAGUAAUGUACAUUUUUUAAAGUUUUAAAUAAAUGCAAUGGGAAGCCCCAAGAAAGGUCUUUCUGUUAUUGUUUUUUUUUCCUUCAGAAAUUUUUACUGAUUUCAUCCACAAUGUUAAAUUCUCUGAAACACAACAUAGAGAAAACUAAUGAGAACUUCAUGAUAUUUCUGAAAUUUUAUGAUGCUUGAUCCAUUACUCCUUGUUUUUCUUAUUUUUCAUGUUGCUAAAAACUGAGCAAAUGAACCAGAAAUUAAUGUACUCUGAUGUUCUAUGAUUUAAAACUGUGCUCACAUAUACAUACUCCACAUUAAAAAGCAGUGCCUUUCAUUAAGGAUACAAAAAUAAUGUUUAAGUACAUCCUCUGCUUCUUGCAAGUGAAAAAAUGCUACAGUCGUGUUCUGGCUCUACCCUGCAUACCCCAUAUUGUAAAGAAAUUCUAAUAUCCCCAUUAACUUGUACGUUCAUAUUGAUCCCCUGACAAGUUUACUUUUGCACAGUACUGACCUGUUUUCUGUCUUUUAGACACUAUAUUUUAUUUCUGCCAACAUGCUGUGUUCACUUGAAAGCAACCAGCAAGUUUUGAUAAAUUGUCUCAUUUAGACAACUUUGGAAAAUCCGAUAUUGAUCCAUAUUUUUUGUGGCUAGUAAGAGUUAAUGCCAAAUAUAUGACUGCACUAUUAUGUUUCACACUUGUUUAUAAAACUGAAAAUAAAGUCAUACCUAAUAGCUUUUAGCUUUAAGUGACUUAAAAAUUACUUUGAGAUAUCAGUGGUCAAAAAUCUGUGUAUUUAGGCAGAAGUUGAAUUCGUGUGUGAAUUUCAUUUAGCCUCCUGAAUUCGAGGAUUUGAUCUCUUAGAAAAUGGACAUGCUGAUGCAAUGGAGAUGUGCUGGGGGAGAUAAGGCGGACCUUUGAGUAGAUCGUGCUCUCCCGUGAUUCUCUGAUUCUAUGUGACAGCAUUAUGAGCUCUUCUAUGGACUAGCCUAAUAAUGAGCUCCUUUCUGACCAUCCCUUCUGGAGCUUAGGGGGGGCGUGGGGGUACCACAUCCUCAGCAGUGAAUGCAUACAAUCAGUGGUAGUACAACUGAGUAAUGUGGCUUCAUACCCUUGGCCUUUUUUUGACUGCUAAGAAUUUGGUGAAGGCUACUA